GCCGAGCAAGAUUUCGUAGCUGCACAGCUUCAGAGACGAACGCUUCAACAGGCUUUGUUUGAUGUGCAAAAGAAACGCGGUGACGUAAAUAAGCAGUUGGAUGUCGUUUCACGUGCUGACGAUUCCUUCCUUUCUCUGGUCACCAAGGAGCACGAAUUAGCUCGCGAAGAGAAUCAGUUGGCUUCACAGCACCAUGAGGCUGAUCUGGUUGAGCGCGCUACCUAUGAGAAGUUUACGAGUCUUCUGCGUUAUUUGCACGUGGAAGAACGGAAUUACGACACACGAAUGCGUCAAUGGGCGCUCGUUGGUUCAUUAGUCAUAGGAUUCACCUCUGCAUUCGUCACGUGGCUUCGAUUUCGUACCCCCAAAUUUCAGGACUUACGCGAUAGCGUCGAGAAAGUUCGCGACGUGUAUACCUCCCAGGAUGAUUUUCGCGAGAGUGUAGAAAAACUGCAGGAAGUACAUUCUUGUCAGCGGAACAAGGCCGGUGAAGAAGUUCAGCCUGUAGGACCGCCAUUCCCAAUUAAAACAUCGGUUGUAAACUCCGAAAAGAGCGGUUUUGAAACGAAAAUCAUCUAUGCCGCCUCGGCUUGUGUUCUCUUCUGUGCAAUUUACUUCCUCUCCCGUUAA